GAAAGAACCGUGCCCUCCUCACAUAAACCACGUUCUAGCCUCGAACCCACCACCAACUCCCCUUUCUGGUAUUCCUCCUCUUUCCCUUUCCACUCUUUUCCGGAGAGAAACUCUUGAGUAGAUCUCAGGAGACUUCUCUCUUCCCCCCCGCUUUGAUCUUGUGAAGAAAGCUGAACCUGAAGCUUUGUUGUUGGGGACUUCUCGGAGGAGACGAGGCGAUGCACGACUUCUGCUUCACGAUCCCGUACGGGCUCCUGGUCCUGGUGGGAGGACUCGUGGGCUACGCGCGGAGGGGCAGCACGGCGUCGCUCGCCGGCGGCGCGGGCUCCGGCCUCCUCCUCCUCCUCGCCGGCUUCCUCAGCCUCAAGGCCUUCGAGAAGCGCCGUAAUUCCUACAUUGCCUUGAUCCUCGAGACCGUUUGUGCCCUAGUAUUAACAUAUCUUAUGGGGCAAAGAUACCUUGAAACGUCCAAGAUAAUGCCAGCUGGAGUAGUUGCAGCUCUCAGUGCACUUAUGUCUGGAUUCUAUCUUUACAAGAUUGCUACUGGUGGCAAUCAUAUCCCAUCCAAGCCAGAGUAAACGUGUCGACUUGACAUUUCAAGCAUACAACAUACUACAGGGGAAGUGACAUGAUAACCUGAAUCAGGCUCUCGGUUGUAAGUUUUCUCAGUUGUGUUAGUUGCUGAAGGAUACGGUCAUAUCUAAAUGGCGCACAUGUUUUAUAUGUUUGGUCUUUGUGCUGAAAGAAAAUGGAAGUUAUAGAUAGACCCAUCAGAUUGUUUAUCUUGUCAUUGUGAUGAUUUCAUUAAACCGAACAUCCUUUUAAGGUAGAUGCUGUUUUUUAUCAAGAAUAUGAGACAACUUUGCAUUCCAGUUUUUUAUUUUGCCAA